CACGCCACACCAAUUCUCUUUCCGUCGCUUUUCUUUCUUCAAAAUUUUCUCUCCACUUUUAUUUUCCCGGGAAACAAACACCAUGUCUUCCUUGAUAAUUCCCCCUGUUCUCACUUCUCCUCGGGACGAUGCUGUUCAACUCUACCGCGCCUUCAAAGCAAACGCUUGAAAUCUGAGCUUAGUGGCAAAGUCGAGAAAGCAAUUUUGCUAUGGCUGUAUGAUCCAGCAACUCGAGAUGCUAUAAUAGUGAGGGAGGCUUUAUAUGGAGAAAGUUUUAGUCUUAAAGCUGCCACUGAAGUAAUCUGUUCUCGUACACCAUCUCAGAUUCAUCAUUUUAAACAAGUAUACUUGGCAAUGUUUCGCUCUCCCCUUGAACGUGAUAUUGAAAGCAGAACAGCUGAUGAUCACAAGAAGCUGCUACUGGCUUACGUUAGUAAACCGCGCUAUGAAGGCCCAGAAGUUGACAGAGCUUUGGCAGAGAAAGAUGCAAAAUCUCUGUACAAAGCUGGAGAGAAGAAAUUGGGAACUGAUGAGGACAAAUUUAUAAAGAUUUUCAGUGAAAGAAGCAGAGCACACCUCUCUGCUGUUAGUUAUGCUUAUAAACAUGCAUAUGGGAACUCUUUGAAAGAGGCUGUAAAAAAAGAAACUUCUGGGAGUUUUGAGCAUGGCCUUCUAACAAUUUUGUUGUGUGCUGAGAAUCCUGGGUUGUACUUUGCAAAGGUUUUGCGGAAGGCAAUGAAGGGGAUGGGAACAGAUGACUCCACACUGAUAAGGGUAAUUGUGUCAAGAGCUGAGAUAGACAUGCAAUAUAUAAAGGCAGAAUACCACAAGAAGUAUAAGAAAACUCUGCACAAAGCAGUUCAUUCUGAGACCUCAGGCACCUACAGGGACUUUCUUCUCUCCUUGUUGGGUCCAGAUCAUUAGACCACAAAUUGCCCUGUGGAUCACAUGGAUGUGUUGUACGAUAUAUUGUAAAAUUUCAUAUUUUUCUUUGUGUUUGAAUUCAUGAGGGUUUUUGAUGUCUUCUUGUAAGAGAUGUAUUUGUUUUUGUAUAAUUUUAUGAUGUGAACAUUUGUUGUAUCUAGUUGAAGUUUGUAUUAGAUGUUUGGCGGAUGUUCUUCGACAUUUUGAGAAUGAUUAGUAACGUUUAUAUGUCUUGUUUA